AUGGUUUGUACAUACACACACACACACACACACACACACACACACACACACACACACACACACACACACACAUACAUACACACACGCACAUACACACAUGCAGUUAGCGCGAACGACGACGAAUUUCGGCUACUACAAGAUUUGUUUGAACGCCGUGAUGGUGGCUACAACCCGCGGAUACGCCCCGUCGAGAACAUCAACAGCAUCAUACCCGUUGGCUUCGAACUAGCCCUCAUACAACUUAUCAAUCUGGAUGAGAGGAACCAGAUUAUGAAGACGAACGUGUGGUUGCGACUGUACUGGUGUGAUUAUCAAUUGAAAUGGCUCAAGUCAGAGUAUGCCAACAGUUCGGUCGUUCGAAUACAGCCUGAUCGCGUUUGGACUCCUGAUGUUGUUUUGUAUAAUAAUGCAGAUGGGCGAUUUGAAGUCUCUUUCAAAGCCAACGUUUUGGUCAACCAUAAUGGUUGGAUCAUGUGGAUUCCAUGCACAAUUUACAAAAGCAGCUGCAGUAUUGACGUAACCUACUUUCCAUUUGAUGAGCAAAUUUGUGAAAUGAAUUUUGCCUCCUGGACUUACGAUUCUAAUGAGGUAAAAUUACACUGGUACCUGGAAACCAAGGGGAACGAAACAGUUCCAAUUGAGGUGUAUAGCGACAUUGACCUCUCCGACUACGAAAAAAGUGGGAGUUGGGAUUUGGUGGAGAUCCCGGGACAAAUUUUGGAAAAAGAUAACAAAACCGUCAUUAAUUAUAAAAUAAAAUUACGCCAAAAAACUGUGAUGAGUGUUUCUAUUCUUUUAGCUUUGGUUGUAUUUUUGCAAGUCUUAGUGACAAAUCUUCUACCUCCAUCGUCGACUAGCUUUCCGCUUUUUGCGAAAUAUUUGUUAUUCGCAGUUUUACUAGAUGUGUGCGUCGUGUUCAAUACUAUUCUGUCUCUUAAUUGGCACUUUAAAACCCCAAGAACUCAUCGAAUGCCGAAAUGGGUGCGAUUACUUUUUGUCGAUUUUUUACCGAAAAUUUUGUUCAUCAAUAAGUUCGAAUCGCCUGACACGGAUUCGAGUAGUACCAAACAACAACAACAACAGGAACAACAAAUUUCUCAAAACGUGUGUUCGAAAAUAUUUUGUGGAAUCUGCAAAAAACCGACCGAUACACCGAUUGCUUCGCCAGAAACAAGUCGGAGAGCUGCUCUGAAACCGCAAGUAUUCGAUUUCACCGACUUGCACAGUCCUAACUGCGCGCUCAGGAAAAGAUUGGCCAAGCGGAAACAGCUGACCAAAUCAAAAAGCGAAGAUCGAAAAGAUGAUGCUGUAAUAAAGUUGGAGCCUGAAAUAAACAAGGCUGUGGAAGCGGUGAGGUUCAUCAGUGCCCACCUCAAGAACGAAGACGACUACGAAGAAGUCGUUGACGACUGGCAUUAUGUGGCGCACGUCAUCGAUCGCCUUCUUCUUUACGUCUACCUCGUGGUAACGAUCGCAGCGACACUGGCGAUUUUACUGAACGCGCCAAAUAUUUAUGAAUCUAUCAAUCAGGAUGAUUUGAAAGCCGAAUAUAAAAAACGACAUGUUCGGUUAAUAACAGAAACAAAUGAUUACAUAUAUCUAUGCCCUUGGGGUUGAAAGACCCACAAAAUAUUUUCUAUUCAUUACAAACAUCACACACGCAUGCACAAACACUGACAGUGCAUGUAAAUAUGCGUAGAUUUACGCAUAACACACUGUACACAUUGUAUGUGGUAGGCGGGGAUCUCUUAGCGAUCGAACAUGUUCCCUGCAACAACCCUGCCACACCUCUUCCUCAUUACAACAUUCUGCUGCCUAUUAUUAUAUUAUGAUAUUUGAAUAUUUAUUCGUUAGCUAAAUAAUUUAUGAAACUCUAUAAACAUGGACUGGACACUUCUAGUCUGACCCAAAUUCGGCCACGUCCAAAUUUGGGCCGGAUGUCAGAUUUAGGCAAAAUUUUUAUUUUAGCCAUUUGUCUAUGUUUUAAUUUACGCUACAAAACUGCGUUUUAGUUCCCAUAUUAACGUGCUAAUCAUCCAUUCGUUCGUUCAUUCAUUCGUUCGUUCAUUUAUUCAUCAUUCAUUCUUUCUUUCCUUUCUUUCAUUAUUUUUUCAUCUCUAGGCUGAUCUUCAGCAAUAAAACUCCAAAGAUAAAUUUGAUUGACUGACUGACUUUUGGCCCAAAUUAUAUUUUCUUAUUUAAGAAUUUAGCGGGAAAUUUUUUAAUUGAAAAUUCAAUUGGGUUUCUUUAAAAUUAAAUUUUAUUCAGCGGUUUUAAAAUAAUUUUUUUUUAAUUUUAAAAUAAUCACCCACGGAAAAAUGAAAUAAAUAAAAUAAUUUUAAGUAACAAAUUGAAGAAUUUAUCAACAUUAACGUAUAUUAUAGUAGUAUUAAUAGUAAUAAUUGUUAUAAUAAUAAUUAUAAAAUUAAUUAUUUUAUUUUAAAAAUUGUUGUUCAUCUUUCGCUAUCUCUCUAUGAAAUUUCGAGCACAA